GGACUGGCAUGGGCCAGGCAGGCAAGAAGGCAGAGUCAGCAGUGCUGUUGGAAACCGAGCUGGAUGUUCUUGAGGCAAGGAGUGGGUGGACGGGAGGAACCGAGCAGUCUCUGCGGCUCCCUCUCCCCCACCUACCACCAGCAUCACCUCCCCUUCAUCUGUUGGCCUUCCCUGCCUCCCUCCACCCGGUGUGUCCUCUCUAGUUUUUUUUCGCCUCUGUGCGGCAUGAGUUUUCUUCUGGGUGGCAGAGUGUGCACACCGUAGAUCCGGAGUGGGACCCCUCCCCUCCCCUCUUUCUCUUUCUGGGAUCUUCGCAUAAAGAAUCACCGCGCCAAGCUUCUUCUCUCGGCAGAAAGUUGGCUUUCCCCUAACAAACAACAAGCGAGGCUGCCGGCUGGCUGCCGGCGAUCCCCAUCCUCUCCGGCGCGCGCUGCAGAUGGAGACGACCCAGUACUUUGUCACGACUCCUGCUGCAGCGGCGGCGGCGGCCACGGCUCUUCCUCCCGGCGACGAAAGCAAAGGAACAGAAUCAGGCCAUUGAUCGGGAGACGGGAGAGGCGGCAAACCCGCUGGCUUGGGCAAAGAAGUUGGCGUCGAGCUGCUUGCUUGGUUGCUGCGAUCGACUGUUUUGGCCCCGGAAUCGUCCUGCAGGGAUCGCCUUCUUCGUCUGCCUCUCUCCGAAGAGCCAGCCCUUGCUGCAGUGGCUGAAGCCACGUUAAAGGAUCCCCCUGCCUGUGGGAUGGUGCUUUGUGUUCGUCUUGGGUUGUGCUUUUGAGCUGCCCGUCUUCACUCUCACCACCACCAGCCUGAUGGAAACGCAUUGCGAGGGAUCUCCGAAAUAUGGCUAGAAAUGGCAGAGUAGGAGAGGCACCUUGACACGGUUCAGAUUUCCCUGCGGAGGGGCAGGGCUUAGCUCUGGAACCUCUUUUCAGUGCCAGGGCUGCAGCCGAGGGACGUGUGAAGUAACGCUCAAGUUGCAGUCUGGUGUGUCUACUACUUACUUAAAGGUUUGUCUGGGGGUGGAUCCCAAAGCCAUGCAAGCAGCUCCUUGUCCUCUGGGAGCUUGAGAGACCCCACACUUGGUACCCAGAGCAAGCCUCUUCCUCUUCCUCCUGGCCCCGGUCUUCAUUGCCCACCUCUCCCAGGCUGAUCUGGAUGCCUGCUUCCUACAGACUCACUCCCUGCCGGCCUCUGCUCCAGCACAUCUGCUCCAGCGGUGUUGGAUAGACUGUCCAAAGGAGUUUCUUCAGUCUGGGCUGCAACGUGUGGCUGUCUUCAGCCUGCAGGGCUUUGCCAGCGACAUUCCUCAGGGCAGCACCUUUGGAAGUUUUGUAUUGGCUCUUCCAGGCAACCCAAAUCAGCCAGAUUCACCCAGCGACACACCAAAUGGUCCUCAUUUGGGUUGGCUCCAGAUACCGCCGAAGUGGCAAAGGAUUCCCGGCCUAGCCGAACCAGGAAGAGAUACUGAGGACAAGGUGGGCCAGAAUCCCAGGCGGCGUGUCUGGGAAGCAGCUUUUUCCAAAGAGCAGACCACUUCGAGAAAGCUUUCCUUGGGGCCUCUUCUCCUCCAGACCCUCACCAUUGCCUUGUCAGAGAGUCCUGGCGUCCAGCUCUCAUUUUAUACCUUCACCUCUUGGUUUUGACAGGCUGCAUACCAUUCUUCGCCCAACACAAGACUGAAGGAUGGUUUCCUUCCACGCAGUAAUGCCUCCCUGUGCCCUUCUGUCACCUUUCUAGCAAACGCCAUUUCGUGGCAAUGGGGAAGAUGAAAACGGCUGCAAUUGCAACAUGAUGUAGAGAUUUCUCGGGGGCAAAAGUACCUGGGCCUUUUUGGUUCUGAAUCUGGGACAGUCUCAUCCCCCCCACCCUUGCUAAACUUCCUCUGCGGAUUCUCUUUGCAAUCGCUGAAAGAACAGAGACUAGCAAGGUGGCGGACCUAGCUUUUGAUGCAGCCUAGUGUCUGCCGAUUGCAUUCUUGCGACUAGCAAAUUUCACAUGGUGCUCUAAGACCCAGGAUAAGCGUGCGGUUUCUGACGAGGAUUCUAAGUAGCUGGCCUGUGGCUUGGAGCCACAUGGAAGACCUGGGCAAGUCCACACUGUGGCUACAGGCCGAGCUGGCCUCCACUUCCCCAUGCCUGCAUAUCCUCGACUGCCGCAGCCGGGAGUUGUAUGAUUCAUCCCACGUGGAGCGGGCACUGAGCGUAGCCCUCCCUGGGUUGCUGCUCCGGCGUCUCCGCAAAGGGAACCUUUCGGCUCAUUCCUUGCUGCCUGGGCCCCCACAGGGCCUAGGGGAUAACACAGUGUUGCUGUACGAUGAAGGGACAAGGCAGCUACCCCGACCGGGGGAGCAGGAGGAAGAUGAAGAGUCAGUCCUUGUGAUGCUGCUGCAGAAGCUACGGGAGGAAGGUUGCCCGGCUUACUACCUGCAGGGAGGCUUCCAUAAAUUCCAAGCCGAGUGCCCACAUCUCUGCGAGACCAGCCUGGAUGUGGCCAGUGCCAGCAGCUCCCCUGUGCCCACGGCAGCUCCUGUGGUGGGUCUGGGCGGCCUAAGCCUAAGCUCGGACUGCUCGGACGCUGAAUCGGAGCCCUUGAGCAGUGGCAUGGAGUCCGAGGGGGCCAGCCCCCCAUCCUUCCCUGUGCAGAUUUUACCCAACCUCUACCUGGGCAGUGCCCGAGAUUCAGCCAAUAUGGACACUCUGGCUAAGCUGGGAAUCCACUACAUCCUCAACGUCACACCCAACCUGCCCAACCUCUUUGAGAAGAACGGCGACUUCCAUUACAAGCAGAUCCCCAUCUCGGACCACUGGAGUCAGAACCUCUCUCAGUUCUUCCCAGAGGCCAUUGACUUCAUUGAUGAGGCCCUGUCUCGGAACUGCGGAGUCCUGGUGCAUUGCCUGGCAGGGAUAAGCCGCUCGGUUACUGUCACCGUAGCCUACCUCAUGCAGAAGCUCAACCUGUCCCUCAAUGAUGCCUACGACCUGGUGAAGCGGAAGAAGUCCAACAUCUCACCUAACUUCAAUUUCAUGGGGCAGCUGCUGGACUUCGAGAAGUCCCUGGGGCUGGGCCAAGGCAACCGGCGCCCCGCCUCUGGCCAGACCUGCUUCUUCACCUCGCCAACUGACGACAGCGUCUUCGAGUUGGAUCCCACGUAGGGACCAAGAGUGCUGGUGUCUUGUCCUCUGUUACUCUCCAGCUCUGUCUGCUGCCCUGGUGGCACAGCCCUUUGGGACCAAGUGAAUACCUCAUGCCAGAGAGGGAGGUGCCUCUUCAGAACCAACUGCCACUUCCGGAGAAGGUGCCCGCUGCCUUUCUUCGCUGAUGCAUCCACAGUGAUGCUGUGUACCUACCGAUCUUGCAGCUAAGCUGACAGGGCCAUACGAAUAACCAAAGACUCAUCUCUCCCCUAUCCCUAGUUCCCAAAAGGCCUAUACAGACUGAGAGCCCACCACUUUCUGGAGCCUGCUGUUUCUGGAAUGUUUGCUUUGGACACAGUGUGUUGAACUAUCCAGAUCACCUUGUUAAAUUAAAUCUUUGGAGUGGGACAUGUCAGGUCUGGAACCUGUCAGCUGCUAAUGGUGCCCAUCUUGUACAGAAUGUUUUCCACUUGACAGCCAUCAUUUGGAAAUGAGCUUGAAGACCUACAGUUCUCACAGGAGAAUCCUCCCUACACAGGACUUUUUGUUUUAGAUUUAUAUCCUUCAGCUCAGCAAGAUUGCCAGGGAGAGGGGAAACCCCAAGUCUACCAUGGCAAACCUGAAAUAAAUCUUUGACAGUAAUGCUAGUUCAGAAACCUGUAUCUCAGUGGCAAGAAUCAAGGUUCCCCAGCUGUCUGUCUGUUUGAUGGUUCUAGAGUCCAGGUUGAAUCACAGAAUCCAAGAACAAUGUCAGAGCAUGUAUUGUCUGAGAGUAUAGCAUUGCCUUAAGGAGCCUCUAAUGUCAUGCCAGGUCUGGUACCUGAAACUAGAACAAGGAUAGAAACUCUCUGUCCCCUUAUCUUAAGCCUUGGGCCUCCGGUUCCAGAAUGACAACGUGAAUGAAUCCCACCAUGCCAGAGCCUAGAACCUUCAGCUCUUGAAGUGAGCACCUGAAGAACCUCCAGUGCUGCAGCAGGUCAGGAACCUACAGCUCUGGAUGCAGGUUCAGAAGCCUGCCUAACCAUACCUCAUCCCACAGUUCUGGAGGCCGCCCUGAUCUCAGAAACAGCCCAUCUAAACACUCUGCUGCUCAUCCAGAUUUUAAGGGACAGCAGAAGUAACUUGGGUGGGGUGGGAGAUUUCAGAAAAGAUUCACAUCAGGGAGCCCGCUGGAAGACACCUAUCAUGGAGGGGCAAAGUGAUUGGUUCCUGCACAGCUGUGGAGAAGUGGGAGCCGCUUCCUGCAAAUGUGCGUCUGUACAUGUUUGGAUCAGGGUGUAUGUGUGUGUCUUAAUGCCAGCAGACAUCUGUGUCUGUGUCUGUGUCUGUGUGUCUGUGUCUGCAUAGCUGCAAGCAGGGCUUAGAUUUGGCCCUAGACCUUUAGGCUUUUCAGUGCUGGAAAAGCCUUAUUACUUCAUGGAGUGCAUGAAGCAAUAACAGAGGAGAGAGCGACUCAUACAGAAUGUUAGUUGGAAGGAACCUUGCAGGUCUUCCAGUCCAACCCCCGGAAUCUGCUAGAGCAUCCCUGAAAAGAGGGCCAUCUGGCCUCUGUUUGACAACCUCUAGAGAAGAAGAGCCGACCACUGCACAAGGCAAACUGUUCCACUGUUGAACCGCUCUUACAGUUAAGAAAUUCCUCCUAAUGUCUAGCCUGAUCCUGAAUCUGCUUCCUUGUGAUUUCAUCCCAAUGGUUCUAGUCCUCCGGAGCAACAGAAAACCAAUCCUCUGCUUUUGUAUGCUAGCCAUUCUGAUAUUUGAAGAUGGCUGUCAUAUCUCCCCUUAGUCUUUCUUUUCUCCAGGCUAAACAUACCCAGCUCUUUCAACCAUUCCUCAUAAGCUGUGAGUCUGGUGGCUAUCAGCCACCUCCAGCCACAGAGGCAUGAUGCCUCUGAAGACCAGUUGCAGGGGAGCAACAGCAGGAGAAAGGACAUGUCCUCAACUCCUGCCUGUGGUCUCCCCAGAGGCAUCUGGUAGGCCAUUGUGUGAAACAGGAUGCUGGACUAGAUGGGCCUUGGGCCUGAUCCAGCAGGGGCGGAUCUUGGUUUCCAGAUCCCUCACCAGCUUGGUUGCCUUCCUCUAGACUCCAGUUUGCUGACAUCCUCCUCAAAAUGUAGUGCCCAGUACUGGACACAAUAUUCCAAAUGAGGGCUGACCAGCACAGAAUAGAAUGGGCCUGCCUCAUACUGCUGGCUCAUGUUCAGCUUGUGGUCCAUUAAAACAAUGAGAUCCUUACAUAGGAACAUGGGAAGCUGCCAUAUACUGAGUCAGACCCUUGGUCCAUCCUGCUCAGUCUUGUCUACACAGACUGGCAGCGGCUUCUCCAAGGUUGCGGCUGGAGUCUCUCUCAGCCCUAUCUUGGAGAUGCCGCCAGGGAGGGGGCUUGAGACCUCAGAUGCUUUCCCCAGAGCAUUCUUCUCACAUGUGCAUCUGUCAAGCCAGGUCUCUUCCAUCCUAUCCUUGUUCAUUUGAUUUUUCUCAUCUCAGAGUGCUUCUGAGCAUACACAUUAAAAAUAUCAAAGAAUGAAAUAAUGAAUACAAGCAUGUGCAGAGUGUGUUUCCUUCUCCAUGGUCUGCCCCCACAAGACUGGGCUGAAGAGACAAUGUUCCUAGGUCAAAGGAUGUGACUUGUAAAGGAAAUUAAGCCUCAGCACUACUUCUCCCCCCCCCCUUUUUAUACUUAAAUGCUGCCUGUAUGUUGAGUAUGGUCAAACAACAGAUUGUGUCUAUGUGUUAAAAUAUGUCCGGGGAGUUCUGAUGCUUUCCAUUUAAGCCUAUUACCAUCAGUCUGUUCAUUUUGUCUCUGCUGGGCUGUGUCUUUGCUGUGAUUCCAUAGGAAUGCAGAAUUAGCCUUCUGAAAAAUUCUGCUUUCCUUUAAAAAAAAAAAAAAAGUUGGUUUCUAGCUCUCUUGGCUAUGUAGAUGACAAUGCUAUGUGGACAAGAAGCCAGAGGGUUGACUGAAUAAGAUGCCCAGUGCAGUGGGUUAGGGUCCUGCUUAUCUCCUUGCCCCUUCCUGCAAUAGCAAAACCAGAAUGAAUUAUGCAAAACAGUAAAAAUUGGAGAACAAGUUAUGCAAACCAUGAACAAUUAUGCAAACUUGCUCAGUUAGCAUAAUGUAUGCAGGACAUAGAAUCCGCUUUUCUUGGUGCAGAAUCUGGAUUGCCUGGGCUCUGAAUUUUAAUUUUUCUGGCAUGGAGUAAACACAGCCCUGCAUACCUAUAUGUACUAGGGGUGUGCACGAACCCGUUCAGGAGUCUAUUCCCAGACCGCCGAACCAGUUUGAAAGGCAUGGUGGGUGUCCUUAUCUCCCUCGCCACGUUUCCCCCACUGUAUCCCCCCCCCCCCGGCGCUGCUGUCAAGAUCGCUGGUGCAGGGCGGCUGUAUAUCUUCUUGCCGCCCCAGUCAGUAUAAUAACGGAAGUGGCCGGUGCACAGGCACAUGCGUUUCAGCCACUUCUGCUAUUAUGCUGACCAGGGCAGCAAGAGGGUAUACAUCUGCCCUGCGACAGCGAUUGUGACAGCAGCACCGGAAGGGGGAAGGGGAGGGGAGGGGAGGGUAAGGAGACCCUCCCUGCACCUUAAAGCAACCCCCUCCCACCCUCCUGGGAGUGCACGGAACCGGUUCCGUACACAUCCCUAAUAUGUACAAGUGCCGGUUUGUGUGCUGCUUUUUAAUGGCAGCUGUCUGAGGGGGCGUAGUCCUUUUCGAGACAUUUGGGCACCCAGGUCUCUUUGUAAGGAUUUGGUUUUCAAGUGAAUGUCGUCAGUGCUCUGGAGAUGAUGAUGAGGUGGUCAAAUGCUGCCAUUGCCACGGGAAACAGUCACUUCAAUAAAGCAGGACUUUAAAUGAUGCAAA